GAGAAGGGUAGGUAUAACAAAGAAAGAAUUAAAACAAACCAAACAGUAACAAAAGAUGUCAACAACACAUCCGUCAUGUACAUGUACUCUUGAAAAUUAUAUAUGUUCAGUUAAAAAUAUUCAAGUCCUAGCCAACCUGAAAGAGCAAGACUUAAGUGACAAAGAUAUUAUCGCAUUCAGGAACUUAUAAGUCUCGUAACAAAGAUAAAUUUUCUGAAUGUGUUUCAGGUGUAAAAACUAGAUCUAUGUCGCGAUCGCACGACCACCAGAAACACACCAGGGUAGAAUCAUCCGAAGGAAGAAAAUGGACUUCAUUCGAAAGCACCCAUUUACGGAGAGCUGUCACCUUUAUACCAGAGGAUCAUCAAGACUUUUGGGAAUUGGUACAACAAAUGGUGAUGACCAAAACCAAAGAGGAAUGUCAAGAACAACAUCAGAAAGACAUUGCCAAGGAAAGAAAACGUCCAAGCGUACAUCUACUACCUGCUGAGGAUAGCAACCAUUGUAGAGAUGAAGAAUACAAAUGUCAAGGUGCUGAAGUCAGCCGAACGAGUCGGAUAACUUACAAAUGUCAGGUUUGUAAUGAGGGUUUCAGUCAAAAGAGCAACAUGCAGUUGCAUCUUCGGCCACAUACCACUAGAAGAACGUGCAAAUGUGACAAUUGUGGUCGAGGUUUCAAUGACAAAAGCUACAGAUGUAAAAAUGUUCGUAUAUAUGAUACAAAACAUGUAAUUGCUAA